GGUUAACCGUUUUCAGCUCAUAUGAAUUUUUAAAGUUUUUUAUGUUAUUAUUUAAAAAAUAAAUCUGCGGAGGACAAUUUCGCAAAGGGCAGUUUUAAAAGGCUAUAUAUCUAUCCAUGUCGACGCUACAAGUUAUUAUGGCACGACUGUGGGAUAGUGUGCAAGUUUUAACUAGCUAGUUUGCUGCAAAACAAGAUUUUGACCAGCACAAAUCGCCUGAACAGUAGUUACGACAAUGUUCGGGAAACAAUCGGGAUAUCAAUACCAGUCUCUUCCGCAGAGAGACUCAACACCUGGCCUCUUCACCUCUACCGAGAGCUUUGUACAGACACAGUUUAGACAUCAGGGGCAUUCGUUCGACUAUGUCCCCAGAGUCACGGACAACGAUUUCACAGACAGAUCUCAAGGAUGGUUGUCCUGGAUUUGCAACUUGAUCGUCACUUUCCUCGUGUUUACAUGCACCUUAAUAACAUUCCCCGUUUCCGGCUGGUUCGUACUGAAAAUGGUGCCCAAUUACCAGAGGAUAGUUGUGUUUCGACUGGGCCGAGUCCGUCCCCCGAAAGGACCCGGUGUAGUUCUGAUUCUGCCCCUGAUUGAUCAGUGGCAGAGAGUGGACUUGCGGACAAGGGCUUUCAACAUCCCACCCUGCAAGGUGACCACUAAGGACGGUGGGCUGGUGUCAGUGGGGGCUGAUAUCCAGUUCCGUAUCUGGAGCCCGGUGAUGUCUGUGGUGGCGGUGCAGGACCUAAACACCUCCACCCGGCUCACAGCACAGAACGCCAUGACCUACAGCCUGGGCAAAAAGACUGUGAAAGAGAUCCAGACUGAGAAGGUCAAACUGGGCGAACAUCUUGGAACAGACAUCAACGAGAUGACUCGACCAUGGGGGCUGGAGGUGGACCGUGUGGAGCUGACUGUUGAGUCUGUGUUGAAGGGCCCUGAUGAGUCCCUCACUGGCCCCGUCAUCCUGCCGCCCUCGGUGCCUGGGCUGGAGGGGAUAACUGGCCCCAUUCAGCAGCUGGCCAUGCACUUCCUCGCAAACAGCGGACCCUCCCAGCCCCCUGCGGGCCACACGCACGUGUCCUCGGGGGAUACGGUGAGCUUCGUGGAUGAGCAGGGCCCCCGGGCCCCCACGGCGGAGAGGAAGAUGAACGUGGAGGAGCUGCUGCGUGCUGUGGAGCUCUUCCUCUCUGAGCAACUGGUGAGCCAGGUGGGGGCCUGCUUCCAGUUCCACAUCAGCCUCCACGAUGGCCAGAUCAAGAGCUACUAUGUGGAUCUGAGCAAAGGUAGAGGGGCGGUGGGAGUGGGGACGCUGGCAGGAGUGCCAGACGUCGCCCUGCAGAUGAGUGAAGAGGACCUGCUGGCUUUAUUCGAGGGAAAACUGCGCCCCUACGCAGCCUACACCAGUGGAAGACUGAAGGUCCAAGGUGACCUGCGGACAGCCAUGAAGCUGGAGGAGCUGAUCAAGCUCAUGAGGCAGCAGUGAGGCCUUGACCCACAAACUGGCGUGAACCGGAACAGACCGGAACAGACCGUGACAAACCGGAACGCCUGCAGCAAUCUUGUCUUCCUCGACUAUGGGAUUUCUGUGUGGCUUUGCGUUGUGAAGGGCAGUUUUGGCAGGCCCUCAGGACCAAUCCCACAGAAGAGAUCACUCAUUUCCUGUGUUUUCAU